AUGAAUUUUGAAAUUGAUGACUUGAAGUUUCAUCUUAAAGCAAUGAAUAGUCCAGACUAUCAACCAUUAGUAAAGAGUAAAAAGAUGAUACAGGAAUUACAAGAGAAAAUAACAUUAUUGAAUAUGGAAUUAAUUGUGAAGAGAGAACACAAAGAGCAGAUGCUGAAAGAGAUAUAUGAGACAAGUAAGGAAAUUGAAGAUAAGGUACAGCCCUCUCAGGAAGUGACACCGAAAUCAAAAGGUGAUGAUCUGCAGCAUGAAGCGCAAUUAGCUAGUAAAACCAAUGAGAAGUUGCUAUUAGAAGAAGAAAUGGGAAAAAAUUAUGAAACACAGCUAUUAAAUUCAUUUAAGGAUGGCUAUUAUGAUGAUGCCAUACAUUUAUUACCAUACAUCAAAAACCACAAACAGUUACGACUUCAAUUUACUAUUAGAGCUGGUUCAUAUCAAGUGGAGGCAAAUUUGCUUCAUAUGGCUUCAUGGAACGGCUGGUUAGGUAUCAUAAAAGAUCUCAUUCUUAAAUAUGACUAUGAUCUACAAGAAGGAGAUAGUAAUGGGAAUACCUGUCUUCAUUAUGCUGCAAUGGGUAAUCGUGUUGAUGUGAUGAAGUAUCUUAUUAAUGAACAUUUCCAGUUUGUGGCCAUCAAUAAGGAUGGGUGGACACCUCUUCACACUGCUGCUUUUUAUGGUCAUUCUGAAGCUGUUGAAUAUUUAUUAUCAACUGGUAAUUUUGAUCCUUUGCAUAAAAACAAUGAGGGGAAAGCACCACUACAACUAGCUUAUAAGACCGGAACUAAUACUCUUCCUAUCUUUAAAAGUUUUGGUAACAUUAAAACAUCACAUCCAGUUGAUUCUUAUGUUAACGAAUUGACUCCAAUGAAUGAAUUCAAAACACCAUUGACUCCAAUAAAGCUAGAUAUUAAAGAUCUUGAUAUUGCCAUUGAAGAGCUAACAAUACUCGAUCAUUUACCUUACCAUAUGUGGUAUGAGCUCGGUCUUCAGCUAGGACUCUAUCAGCCUAGACUAGAAGACAUCAAUGAAGAUAAUAAUGGAAACUCUAAGGAGUGCUUCAUACAGUUAUGA